AUGAUUGAGCAUUUUAAGAACCUCAUUCGCCAUGGCAAAGCCAGCAAACAUAUGCGAGAUAAUAGUAAUCGGCAGCAAAAAGUUCCACCGCUUUCGCCUGAAGGGACCCUCACCAAUUCUCGCAUUUACCCAGAAAUUGUUCCAAAAGUUGAUAAUGCGACGGCUGUAGCUCAAAUUGUUGCUGAGGAGCGUAAUCAAAAAGCUAAAGUACCGAAAUAUCCCGGUUUACAACGUUUUCAAAUAUUGGAAAAAAUGGGCGAUAAUGUGUACAAAGCAUACGACACCGUGUCUCAGAAAAAAGUUGCGAUCAAAGUUGUCCGGAAAUAUGAACUUAAUAAUUCACAGGAGAGGCAUCUUCACCGUGAUGUGAAGAAUAAACCUCGUGCUAUUGAGGAUUUGGGCAUUGUUAUUCAAUAUACGCUUGAAAUAAUACGGAUGCCCCAACGCGCCAACAUCCUUAAAGAAGUUCAAAUUAUGCGUCAAUUGAAACAUCCAUCGAUAGUAUCACUCAUUUCUUUUUCGGAAGAUAAAGAGUACUAUUAUCUGGUUCUAGAAUUAAUGGAAGGCGGUGAAUUAUUUCACCAGAUCGUAAAAUUGACGUAUUUUUCGGAACCUCUAGCACGACAUGUUAUCGUUCAAGUCGCUAAAGGAAUCAGAUAUCUGCAUGAAGAAAAAGGUGUCAUCCAUCGUGAUAUUAAACCCGAGAAUUUAUUAUUUGAGCCAAUUCCUAUAAUACCAUCAAAAGUUCCGCCUCCACCCCCUGGUCCUAACGAUGAGCCUAAAGAGGAUGAGGGCGAAUUCAUUCCUGGCGUAGGCGGAGGAGGCAUUGGUGUAGUAAAAAUAGCAGAUUUUGGCUUAUCAAAGGUAGUUUGGAACGAGCACACAAUGACACCAUGCGGAACUGUUGGAUACACCGCACCAGAGAUUGUCAAAGACGAGCGCUAUAGUAAAAGUGUUGACAUAUGGGCACUUGGUUGUGUCCUCUACACACUUUUAUGUGGAUUCCCGCCUUUUUAUGAUGAAAGCAUACAGGUUCUCACUGAGAAAGUUGCAAAAGGGCAUUAUACUUUUUUAAGUCCUUGGUGGGAUGAUAUGUCUGCUUCUUCAAAAGACUUGAUCACACAUUUGCUUGACGUGGAUCCCGAAAAACGUUAUACAAUUAAGGAGUUUUUCGAACAUCCGUGGGUAAAAGAAGAGCCCUUUUAUCCCAGUGAAACAACAAUUGUCCCUCAAAAAGUUGAAACUGCAGUAGAAACCGCAGUUACUUCAAAUGAAACGAAUAUUACUGAUGAUCAGAUGCCAGAGCUUAGUUCUCCUUUAUCCACGCCUGCGGGUCGUUCAAAUAGAUUACCUCAACCCGAAGUUUUCUCACCUGGUUUGGUUUCAUUAAAGGAAGCUUUUGAUGUAAGCUAUGCUGUACACAGAAUGGAGGAAGAAGCUGCACAUCGUAGAAAGGUAAAGAUUGAAUCUUCGGCAGGAGGUACAACUUAUCCACACGCCAAUGAACCUAUAAAAAUGCAGACCGGUAAUAAACAUGUGUUCAUGCAACCUUCUACGGCGGCCAAACCAAAGAAAAAUCAAGCAAGGCGAAUGGAUUUCGAUCUUAAUCUUGAAGGUGCAACUUUGCUAGGAAGGAGAAGGAAAGCGUUGCAAGCUGUGGGUUAUUAA